AAGAUCCAAACCAUGGCCUCCGAACGGAUGUAUGGCGUCACGCCACCGAUGAAGGAAGACUUGCCCACUACACCUGAACUCGCCGCAACCGAGGCGUUGAUCGACGAACUGAAGCGCCAGAAUACUUUCGAAAGCCCUUCUGACACAGAUAAGAGACACAAGGUUCUUGCAUCCAUCGCCGAGAUCUGUAACGAAUUCGUCAAGCAUGUGGCCAGGCUCAAAGAACCGAAGAACGAGGUUCUCAUCCGAAAUGCUAUCGGAAGGGUAUUCACAUACGGAAGUUUUCGACUUGGAGUGUACGGCCCGGGUUCCGAUAUCGAUACUCUUGUUGUUGCGCCUAGAUACGUAACCCGAGACGACUAUUUUGAACACUUCCCCGGACUCUUGGUUGAUAUGGCUCCCAAAGGCGCCAUUACCGACAUGGCCGUGGUCACAGACGCCUUUGUCCCUAUCAUCAAAUUCGAAUACUUCGGAAUCAGCAUCGAUCUCAUUUUCUCCAGGAUCAUGCAGAAACAACUGUCAAAUGACUUGGCGGAUUUACGCGACUCCGGCCUUCUACGCGGCCUUGACGAAGCCGAGCUACGUUCUCUCAACGGCACACGUGUCACAGAUGAAAUACUCAACCUUGUUCCCGAGAAGGGCACAUUCCGCAUGGCUCUCCGUGCCAUCAAGCUCUGGGCUCAACGACGGGCUGUUUACGCAAACAUCAUGGGCUUUCCAGGUGGUGUGGCUUGGGCUAUGUUGGUGGCGCGUGUGUGCCAACUCUACCCAAAGGCCACUGCAUCCGUUGUCGUGAACAAGUUUUUCCUCAUCAUCCUCAAAUGGCAAUGGCCUCAGCCCGUACUCCUGAAGCCCAUAGAAAGUGGCCCAUUGCCUGUACGGGUCUGGAAUCCCAAACUAUAUAAGGGCGAUGCGUUUCAUCUUAUGCCGGUCAUUACGCCAGCAUAUCCGUCCAUGUGCGCCACCUUCAACAUCACCAAGUCCUCCAUGACAGUUAUUCAACGAGAGCUUAAGCGUGCCUUCGAGAUCUCGGAAAAGAUCAUGACUGGGAAGCUUCCCUGGGCCGAAUUAUUUGGCAAGCAUACCUUUUUCACUGCUGGGUUCAAGUAUUAUAUUAGUGUUAUCUCAACCAGCACAACAAAGGAAGCACACAAGAUAUGGUCCGGCUAUGUCGAGUCCAAAGUACGGAUGCUUGUACAAAGAUUGGAGACACAUCCCAGCAUAGCACUGGCGCGCGCAUUCAAUAAAGGUUAUGAGCGCAAGCAUCUCUGCCGAAACAGCGAAGAAAUAGCCAAGGUCCAGGAAGGCGUCUUGGAUUUCAUUGUCCCCGCCGAUGAGGGAAAGACCAAUGAGACAGCGCAACAGCCCCAAAAUGGAGAUGCCUCUCCCCCACAGCAAAUACCUGGCCUCAAGGCGGGAGGGGGUGUUGUCAUCAAGGGCGAACCUGGCCUUGAUGAUACAGCCAUGCCUCCUCCGCAACAGGCCCUCAAAUCCGAAAACAACGGGGCUGUCCAAACUGAGGACAGUGUCAAAAUCGAGGGUGAUGUCAAAGACGGACCAACCGAGGUCUACACCACAACUCACUAUAUCGGCUUGGAAUUGAACAAAGAUGCGAAAUCUUUGGAUCUCUCAUACCAGGUUGACGAGUUCAAGUCGCUUUGUACAUCCUGGGUGAAAUACAAGGAUGAAUUACAAGGUGUCGCCACUAUUGGAGUUCAGCAUUGCCGGAACAUUAACCUUCCCGACGACGUUUUCGAACCUGGCGAGACGAAGCCCCAAAAGAAGUCUGCCUCUAAAGCCGUUGCGAAUGGCAAGAAACGAGGGGCUUCAGAGGUAAUUGAUCCGCCUUGCCCAGAGCAGGGGCCUUCGCCUGCACCAAAACGAGUCGCCCUACCCGACAAGCGAUGA